UGGCCGGAGAGGGCUGCAGGCGGAGGCGGCGCGGCUUGGACGAGAUGCACCUGCUGCAGCAGAAAAGGAUCUGGGAGUCUCCACUUCUGUUGGCUGCUAAAGAAAAUAACGUUCAGGUCAUCAGGAAACUAGCCAUGGAUGGGUCCUGUGAUGUCUAUCAAAGAGGAAUCAUGGGUGAGACGGCUCUUCACGUAGCCGCCCUCUAUGAUAAUACGGAAGCUGCAGAGGCUCUUAUGGAGGUGGCUCCAGACAUCGUCAACGAGAGGAUGACUUCUGAACUCUAUGAAGGACAAACAGCUCUGCACAUUGCAGCCGUCAAUCAGAAUGUCAACCUGGUGAAAUCUCUGCUCAGGAAAGGGGCUAACAUCUCCACUCCCCGGGCUACAGGGCUCUUCUUCAGACGCAGCCCCCAAAGUCUCUUCUAUUUUGGGGAGCACGUUUUGUCUUUUGCAGCCUGUGUGGGAAAUGAGGAGAUUGUUCGGUUACUGAUUGAAAAUGGAGCUGAUAUCAGGGCUCAGGAUUCUCUAGGUAACACGAUACUUCACAUUAUGGUUCUUCAACCCAACCGGACUUUUGCCUGCCAAAUGUACAACCUGCUACUCUCCUUUGAUAAGCGAGUGGGAGGUUUGGCACCCUUGGACUCAAUCCCAAACAACAAAGGCCUUACUCCGUUUAAACUGGCUGGUGUUGAGGGCAACUCUGUGAUGUUCCAACACCUUUUGCAGAAGCGGAAGCACACCUUAUGGUCUUUUGGGCCCGUUACCACCAUUCUCUAUGAUCUCACAGAAAUUGAUUCCUGGGGUGAAGACCAGCCUUUUCUAGAGCUUGUUGUAUCAACGAAGAGAAGAGAGGCCCGUCAAAUCUUAGACAUGACCCCGGUGAAGGAGCUCGUGAGCCUGAAAUGGAAUACCUAUGGCCGCCCGUACUUCUGUUUCCUGGGUUUAUUUUACAUCCUCUACAUGAUCUGCUUUACCAUGUGCUGCUCUUACAGACCUCUGAAAGAGCGCCCAGACAACCAAACAGAUGAUCGGGACAGCACCAUCUUGGUCCAGAAAACACUAGAGGAAUCGUAUGUGACAUGUGAUGAUUAUCUCAGGCUUGUGGGGGAGCUGAUCACUGUGAUAGGAGCCCUGGCCAUUUUGCUGCUUGAGAUUCCAGAUGUUCUAAGAGUUGGAGUCACAAAGUAUUUUGGACAAACCAUCCUGGGUGGACCUUUCCACAUCAUCAUGUAA